AUGGAUACUACACAUCAGACUCAAGCUCAUUAUACGCGGGAUAAGAGUGCUAACCAGAGUUCUUCCUGUUUACGUUUCCACAGCUACGUAGGACCUCGCACCAGCGCUCGUCUCGACGUCUGCAAGUACACGCUGGACGUGUUCCGGCUGCUGCACCUGAACUCCCUGCCGAGGUUGCCGACGCGGUCGUCGCUGCGCUGCGUGCUGGUGGCGUGGUGCUUCUUCAGCCAGCUGCUCGCCACGUCGUACUCCAGCACCUUCACCUCGGUGCUGACCGUCCAGCGCUACGGCCCCCCCAUAGACUCCUUCCGGGACCUCCUGCAGAGGGGCGUGUUCUGGGGCGGGCACAACCAGGCGCUACAGCGCCAGAUCUCCGUGAUCGACGACCCUUACAUAAGGGAGUUCGGAGCCCGCUACCGGGAGGAACUCACCCCACAGGAUAAGGAAUCCAGGCUCAGGGAAGGGCACUACGCCGUCUUCGUGAAGGUGAUCAACGAUUACGUCACACACACGGAGAAUCUGCCAGCCGACGUUCGCCGCAGCCUGCGUUUGAUGAAGGAAACUAUGGCAAAGUACUACAUUUCAAUAGCCCUCCAAAAAAAUUCUCCAUACAAAUGCACAUUGGAUAGAAGAAUGAGUUUUCUUCACUACAGUGGCCUCAUUAAUUACUGGAUGAAACACGUCAUAGCUAGACUCGGUCACCACUACAUGAGGUCAUUUUUUGCUGAUCGUGCAGACAGUCAACAUGAGAUGCCUCAGAAACUCUCUCUUCAAGCUGUCGAGGGAGCAUUUUUCAUAUUUACAACUGGAAUAAUCGUAGCAUUUCUUGUCUUUCUAUCUGAAAUCACUUACGAAAAAUUUUGUUAUUGUCUACAAAGAUAUCCAAAAAGACCACGCUACUUGUAUAAUUUGGAAUAA